UGGACUGCUCCUGGAUCUCUUCUCCGGAGCCUGGGCAGAGCACGCCCUUGCCCAGUCCAGUGACCUUUGCCUGUCUGAGCCCUGGUUAAUUUUUGCCCAGUUUGAGGCCAUUGGGACUCCUCCUCUCUGGGAUAUAAGCCUGACCCAAAGCCAUUCUUUUCUCUGCCUGCCGUGAGCCUCCCUGAGCUCCCUCCUCACCCUCACCAUGGCCAAGGGCUUCUACAUUUCCAAGUCCCUGGGCAUCCUGGCCAUCCUCCUAGGCGUGGCAGCCAUGUGCACCAUCAUCGCACUGUCGAUUGUGUAUGCUCAGGAGAAGAACAAGAAUGUCGAGAACUCUUCCCAGGCCCCCACCAGCCCCGCCACCAGCCCUGCCACCAGCCCCGCCACCACCGUGGCCACCACCUUGGACCAGAGCGAGCCGUGGAACCAAUACCGCCUCCCACAGACACUGGCGCCUGAGUCCUACCAGGUGACUCUGAGGCCUUACCUCACCCCCAACGAGAAUGGACUGUACAUCUUCAAGGGCUCAAGCACUGUCCGCUUCAUCUGCAAGGAGCCUACCAACGUCAUCAUCAUCCAUAGCAAGAAGCUCAACUACACCACCACGGAAGGGCACAGGGUGGUCCUGCGGGGUGUGGGGAGCUCCCAGGCCCCCGCCAUCGACAGGACUGAGCUGGUAGAACUCACCGAGUACCUGGUGGUGCACCUCAAGGACUCGCUGCAGGCAGGCAGCCUGUACGAGAUGGACAGUGAGUUUGAGGGGGAGCUGGCUGAUGACCUGGCAGGCUUCUACCGCAGCGAGUACACGGACGGCGAUGUCAAAAAGGUGUUGGCCACGACACAGAUGGAGGCUACAGAUGCCCGGAAAUCCUUUCCAUGCUUUGACGAGCCGGCCAUGAAGGCCACGUUUAACAUCACCCUCAUUCACCCCAGUAACCUCACGGCCCUGUCCAACAUGCUGCCCAAAGGUCCCAGUGUCCCGCUUACGGAAGACCCCACCUGGAACGUCACUGAGUUCCACACCACGCCUGUAAUGUCCACGUACCUGCUGGCCUACAUCGUUAGCGAGUUCACAUGUGUGGAGGAGAUGGCGUCUAAUAGUGUCCUGAUCCGGAUCUGGGCGCGGCCUAGUGCAACCAGGGAGAAUCAAGGCCUGUAUGCCCUGAACGUGACAGGCCCCAUCCUAAGCUUCUAUGCCCAACAUUAUGACACACCCUACCCACUCGACAAAUCUGACCAGAUUGGCUUGCCUGACUUCAACGCUGGAGCCAUGGAGAACUGGGGGCUGGUGACCUACCGGGAGAACUCUCUGCUCUUUGACUCGCUUUCCUCCUCCACCAGCAACAAGGAACGGGUGGUCACCGUGAUCGCUCAUGAGCUCGCCCACCAGUGGUUUGGGAACCUGGUGACUAUAGCCUGGUGGAAUGACCUGUGGCUGAACGAGGGCUUCGCCUCCUACGUAGAGUACCUGGGUGCUGACUACGCAGAACCCACCUGGAACCUGAAAGACCUCAUGGUGGUGAAUGACGUGUACAGUGUGAUGGCCGUGGACGCUCUGGCCUCCUCCCACCCGCUGUCCACUCCUGCCCAGGAGGUCAGCACACCGGCCCAGAUCAGCGAGAUGUUCGACUCCAUCUCUUAUAGCAAGGGAGCCUCGGUCCUCAGGAUGCUCUCCAACUUCCUGACUGAGGACCUGUUCAAGAAGGGCCUGGCGUCCUAUCUCCACACCUUUGCCUACCAGAGCACCACCUACCUGGACUUGUGGGAGCACCUGCAGAAAGCGGUAGACAAUCAGACGUCCAUCAGUCUGCCCAACACUGUGAGUGCCAUCAUGGACCGCUGGAUCCUGCAGAUGGGAUUUCCACUCAUCACCGUGGACACCACGACAGGGUCCAUCUCCCAGCAGCACUUCCUCCUUGACCCCGAUUCCAAUGUCACCCGCCCCUCAGAUUUCAACUACCUGUGGAUCGUUCCCAUCUCAUCCAUCAGAAAUGGCGUAGAGCAGGACAGCUACUGGCUGGAGGACACCAGAGAAACCCAGAGUGAUCUGUUCAAAACCACGGCUGACGAGUGGGUCCUAUUGAACCUCAAUGUGACGGGCUAUUACCAGGUGAACUACGAUGAAGACAAUUGGAGGAAGAUUCAGACUCAGCUGCAGACAAACCUGUCGGCCAUCCCUGUCAUCAAUCGGGCUCAGGUCAUCCACGAUGCCUUCGACCUGGCCAGUGCCCACAUUGUCUCUGUCACCCUGGCGCUGAACAACACCCUCUUCCUGAUCAAAGAGACAGAAUACAUGCCUUGGGAGGCUGCCCUGAGCAGCCUGAACAAGUUCAAGCUCAUGUUUGACCGCUCCGAGGUCUACGGCCCCAUGCAGAACUACCUGAGGAAGCAGGUCACACCCCUCUUCCAACAUUUCAAAAAUGUCACCAAGACGUGGACUCAGCGCCCAGAAAACCUGAUGGACCAGUACAACGAGAUUAACGCCAUCAGCACCGCCUGCUCUAAUGGGCUUUCUGAGUGCGAGGAGCUGGUCUCGAGCCUUUUCUCUCAGUGGAUGAAUAACACCGAUAAUAACCCGAUCCAUCCCAACUUGCGGUCCACCGUCUACUGCAAUGCCAUCGCUCAGGGUGGUGAGGACGAGUGGAACUUCGCCUGGGAGCAAUUCCGAAAAGCCACACUGGUAAAUGAAGCCGACAAGCUCCGAACAGCCCUGGCCUGCAGCAGGCAGGUCUGGAUUCUGAACAGGUACCUGAGUUACACCCUGAACCCUGACUUAAUCCGGAAGCAGGACGCCACCUCCACUAUCAUCAGCAUCGCCAACAACGUUAUCGGGCAGUCUCUGGCCUGGGACUUUAUCCAGAGCAACUGGAAGACGCUCUUUCAGGAUUACGGUAGUGGCUCCUUCUCCUUCUCCAACCUCAUCCAGGGAGUGACCCGACGAUUCUCCACUGAGUUCGAGCUGCAGCAGCUGGAGCAGUUCCAGGAGAACAACAAGGACGUAGGCUUCGGCUCUGCCACCCGGGCCAUGGAGCAAGCCCUGGAGAAGACCAAAGCCAACAUCAAGUGGGUGAAGGAAAACAAGGAAGUGGUGCUCGCGUGGUUCACAGAAAACAGCACAUAGUCCCCUGGUCCAUACAGUCACCUGGCCCCCGCGUGAGAUGCCCGCGUGUGUCUGUCCCAGUGGCCCACGGCAGGAACCCCAUUCCCGGAGCCUGAGGCACCAGCACCCUCCCCUCAGGGACGAAGUAUCUGGCCCACAUUCUUUCCACUCUGCCCAUG